CAAGGCAGGCUGGGAAAAGAAAGCGGUGGAAAAAAAUCGACGUGGUGUUUGUAGGAGGGUUUGCGUCAGUGGAAGUACCUCUGUAAAACUGGUGUUGAUAGAGAAAGAGACAUUGGGGGCAAAAGGUUUCUGAAAUAUCUAGAUCAAACGCCGACGAAAACAGCUUUGUACCUGACGGGGGAUUGCGUUAGCGACAGAUGAGACUUCAGUGACCUGACAUGGAUGUGGCAUCAAGUGUAAAUAAAGUGUGCUGAACCUGACAAACUUGCAAACAUAAAGCCAAGAAAAGGGAUUUUUUUGUUUUGUUUCAAUUUAGAAAUACACAUUUGGCUGAAUUCUGUUCAACAUGCAUGGAAGUUCCCGGUCAGUGGGUAAAAUAGAGCAAAGUAACCAGAGUCCUGGACGCUCGCCGAGAUUGCCACGGUCACCCCGCCUGGGUCACCGUCGAACAAACAGCACUGGGGGCAGUUCUAAUACCAACACCGGUGGUGGUGGGAAAACCCUGUCUAUGGAAAACAUCCAGUCAUUGAAUGCUGCAUAUGCUACAUCUGGCCCCAUGUACCUAAGUGACCAUGACCAUGUUGGUACAGAUUCCCCGAAAACAACAAUGACAUUGGGUAGAGCUUCUGGACGGUUACCUUUUGGUGUUAGGAUGACCACCAUGGGGAGUAGCCCUAACAUUGCCACAACUGGUGUGGCCAGUGAUACUAUAGCUUUUGGAGAACAUCAUCUGCCAACAGUGAGCCUAGCAUCUACUGUACCACACUCAUUGCGGCAAGCUAGGGAUAAUACCAUUAUGGAUCUGCAGUCACAGUUGAAGGAGAUCCUCCGUGAGAACGAUCUGCUUCGUAAAGAGGUUGAUGUGAAGGAGAGCAAGCUCAGCUCCUCAAUGAACAGCAUCAAAACUUUCUGGAGUCCAGAGUUGAAGAAGGAACGAGCACUACGGAAAGAUGAGGUCGCUAAGAUGACCAUUUGGAAAGAGCAGUAUCGGGUUGUGCAGGAUGAAAAUCAGCACCUUCAGAUGACAAUUCAAGCAUUGCAGGAUGAGCUCCGAAUCCAGCGAGAUCUGAACCAGCUCUUCCAGCAGGAUAAUAGCACCAGAGCAAGUGAGCCAUUUGUUGCUGAGCUAACUGAGGAAAAUUUCCAACACCUUCACACCGAACAUGAACGUCAGGCCAAAGAACUAUUCCUAUUGCGCAAAACUCUGGAGGAGAUGGAGCUGCGCAUUGAGACACAGAAGCAAACACUCUGUGCCCGUGAUGAGUCUAUCAAGAAGCUGCUGGAGAUGCUUCAGACCAAAGGACUGUCCUCAAAGGCGAUGGAAGAAGACCAUGAACGAAUACGUCGUCUAGCUGAAGCAGAAAUGCUUGUGAACCAAUUAGAGAACAUACUUGAACAAAAAGCAAAAGAAAACAAUCAGCUGAGAGAGGAUGUUCAGCGGAGAAUUGAAGCGGCACCAGAAUCAGCCAAGACAAAAGCAUUGCAAACUGUCAUCGAAAUGAAGGACAGUAAAAUCUCCUCGCUGGAACGGAACAUUCGAGACCUUGAGGAUGAGAUACAAAUGCUCAAAUCAAAUGGAGCUCUGAGCACGGAGGAGAGAGAGGAAGAGUUGAAACAGAUGGAAGUAUACAGGAGCCAUUCCAAGUUUAUGAAGAAUAAGGUAGAACAACUGAAAGAAGAGCUAAAUUCCAAAGAGUUCCAGGCUGAAGAGCUAAGAAAGAAAGUGACUGUUCUCCAGCUCGAGGUCUCUGCUAUUGAUCAAGUGAAGCAGGAGCUUUCCAGAAAGGAAACGGACCUUCUUGCCUUGCAGACAAAGCUUGAAACGCUGACAAACCAAUUUUCAGACAGUAAACAACACGUGGAAGUGCUCAAAGAAUCGCUAACAGCAAAGGAACAGAGAGCUGCCAUAUUGCAGACAGAGGUGGAUGCACUGCGUCUGCGGCUUGAAGAGAAGGAAAGCAUGUUAAAUAAGAAGUCAAAGCAGAUGCAAGAAAUGGCUGAAGAAAAGGGAAUCUUGGCUGGAGAGAUCCGUGAUCUGAAGGACAUGAUGGAUGUGAAAGAGCGUAAAGUCACUGUCUUACAAAAAAAAAUUGAGAACCUGCAAGAACAACUGAGAGAUAAAGAGAAACAAAUGACUAGUCUGAAAGAACGUGUAAAAUCACUGCAGGCAGACACCACCAAUACAGAUACUGCCCUUACUACGUUAGAGGAGGCUCUUGCAGAGAAGGAGAGGAUAAUUGAGCGGCUUAAAGACCAGAGAGAAAGAGAGGAGAGAGAAAAGCUAGAAGAAAUUGAUGCUUACAAGAAGGAGCUAAAAGAAGUUAAAGAACGGGUUAGUGGUCUCCAAGGAGAUGUCUCAGAAAAGGAGGCUGUGCUACUGGACCUCAAAGAGCAUGCCUCAUCUCUGGCUUCAUCUGGACUGAAGAAGGAUUCCAAGCUAAAAUCAUUGGAGAUAGCUCUUGAACAGAAGAAGGAGGAAUGCACUAAACUAGAAGUACAGCUACGGAAGUCUUUUGAGGCUACAACAGAAGCACGAGCCAGCACAAAUCUCAAUGACCGCAUCGAUCAAUUGGAGAAAGUGGUGGCACAAUAUAGGGACGAGGCUAACAAAGCCCAAGCAGAAGUGGACAGACUGCUUGAAAUCUUAAAGGAAAUGGAAAAUGAAAAGAAUGACAAAGAUAAGAGGAUAGCAGAAUUGGAGAACCUGGCAUCAAGGCAGAUGAAGGAACAAAGUAAGAAGUUGGCCAACCUAAAGCACAAAGAGCAGGUGGAGAAGAAAAAAAAUGCCCAGUUGCUGGAGGAGGCACGCCGAAGGGAAGAUAAUUUAGCUGACGAUUCCCAUCAGCUCCAGGAUACUUUACGACAAAAAGAUGACCGGAUUGAGGAAUUAGAGGAGGCUUUAAGAGAGAGCGUGCAGAUAACAGCAGAACGUGAGAUGGUAUUAGCACAAGAAGAAGCUGCCAGAAACACUUCUGAGAAACAGGUGGAAGAGUUAAUGGCAGCCAUGGAAAAAGUGAAACUAGAACUGGAGCUGAUGAAUGCUAAGCUGUCCUCUACCCAGCAGUCCCUUGCAGAAAAGGAAGCCCAUCUCACUAACCUGCGUGCUGAGAGGAGGAAGCACCUAGAGGAAGUCCUUGAAAUGAAGCAAGAAGCACUGCUGGCAGCCAUCAGUGAGAAGGAUGCAAACAUUGCUCUGCUGGAACUCUCCUCAUCUAAGAAGAAGAAGACACAAGAGGAGGUAGCAUCACUAAAGAGGGAAAAAGAUAGAUUGGUGCAGCAACUCAAACAGCAGACCCAGAACAGAAUGAAGCUGAUGGCAGAUAAUUACGAGGAGGACAACCUGAAAUCCUCAGCACAUUCAGAGCAGAUGAAUCACAAACUCUCCCCAGAACAGCAGAUCGUCCAUUCACUAUUGGAACUGAACCAGAAUCGCAGUAAACUGAAGCUGUACAUAGGACACCUCACAGCUCUGUGUCAGGACCGCGACUCACAGAUUCUUCAAGGAUUGACACCACCCCCAGCAUAUGGAAUUGAUAACAACAGGGCAACGUGGGAAGAAGAUUUGCAGAAGAUGAGCUCAGAGCAGCUGAAUGCUGAGCUGGAACAGUGUGAAAAAGAAAGUUCAGAACUUCAGGACUAUGCCAACACCAUCUUACAGCAGAUUGCAGACCACUGCCCUGACAUCCUUGAACUGGUAGUCAACGCCUUAGAAGAAUCCUCGUGAGACCCUGUACCUGGACACCAGUGCUGAGCUAAGAAAUGAGCAAUGUUGCUGCCAUUUUUUAAAAUUUGUAUUUCUUCUUUCUUUACAGUUUAUUAUGGUUAUGUGACAUUGGCCACACUCAUUGCAGUGAAUUGUUCUAUGCAAAUUUUGGUAAAAAAGAGUAAUGCACAAAGUUUCAACUGUUUCUGUUGAACCCUAUAGAUCUUAAAAUGACCAUAAUCCCCCAAAUUGUAAAUUCAAACGGGGCUGUGAGUAUAUGGGAUUUCUUAACUCUCUUGGAAACUCUUGAGCUUCAUAUUAUUGAUACUGAAAAUUCUUCUACCUGGCACACACCACCAGAAUGUCCCCAGUAGUAGGGGAGGCAAUGGCGUAGUGAUAUUGUCACUGGACUAGUAAUCCAGAGACCCAGAGUAAAGCCCUGGGUUCGAAUCCCACCAUGGUAGAUGGUGGA